AUGUAUUACGCUCACGACGAAGAGAUAGGCUCGCCUAGCCAGACUUGCUACAGCCAGUCACAAAAUGCAACGAUGAAGCGCGAUAGCGAUUCCGUCUCGCUCAGCCGUCAUUCUCCUAUAAACCACAUUGCUGAGGCAUCUCCGAAAACUGAUGGGUUGCAACAAAAGGAUGGGACACUACGCGGAAUGUCAGCAACAACACCCAACCUAAAAGAAGUGACCUCUGGUGCGAAACAUGCCGCCGAAACUGAAAGGAAGAUGGCCUUCAUGGAAGGAUUGAGGCUCUACCCGAUGGCUGUAUUCUUCUCAUUCGCAUUAUCACUGGCUGUGGUCAUGGAGGGUUAUGACACUGCUCUUUUGGCCAACUUUUACGGGAUACCUGCAUUUGCCAAAAAGUACGGAUCUCUCGCUAUGGUCAAUGGCGUUGAAACGUACCAGGUCUCGGCUGCGUGGCAAUCAGGACUCACCAAUGGGCAGCAAUGUGGUCAGAUUAUUGGCCUUUUCAUAAACGGCUUUGUUUCAGAGCGCAUUGGCUACCGUAAAAUGAUGCUUGGGUGUCUGGUAUUCGUUUCAGGUACCAUAUUCAUCACUUUCUUUGCCGUGAAUGUGCACAUGCUACUCGCAGGUGUCCUUCUUUGCGGGUUGCCAUGGGGCGCGUUCCAGACCUUGACCACGACAUAUGCGGCCGAUGUCACCCCUGUGGUAUUGCGUCCAUACCUGACGACGUAUGUCAAUUUAUGCUGGGUCAUUGGAUCCCUCAUCGGGUCCGGAGUGCUCCGAGGCUUUUUGGACAACACGACCCAAUGGGCAUAUCGCAUACCUUUUGGGAUCCAGUGGAUGUGGCCGCUCCCCAUAUUCGUGGUUUGUUGGUUUGCUCCAGAGUCACCUUGGUGGCUUAUUCGCCACGGCAAACUCGACCAAGCACGAGCUACUCUCCUGCGGCUAACGUCCAACGAAAACCCGGAUUUCAAUGUCGAGGAUUCUCUGGCCAUGAUGAUUCACACCAACGAACUCGAGUUGCACCAAACAGCUGGAACCUCAUUCCUUGAUUGCUUCAAGGGCGUUAACCUCCGUCGCACAGAGCUCACUGUCAUGACGUGGGCCCUUCAGCAAACAUGCGGUUCUGGUAUGAUGGGAUGGGGAACUUACUUCUUACUCCAAGUCGGUCUCAGUUCGCAGUCUGCAUAUAAUUUGAGUAUCGGCCAGAACGCCAUGGGUUUCGUGGGAACCAUAGUCUCGGGGUUUCUCAUGCCGCAUAUCGGCAGGCGUACCCUUUACCUCGUCGGACAGAUCGGCAUGCUCAUUAUCCUCCUCACUAUCGGAGGCCUGGGUGUACCCGGCAUAAGCAGUUCGACCGGAUGGGCUACUGGAGCACUCUUGUUGGUUCUCACAUUCGUAUACGACAUUACCGUGGGACCUGUGUGUUAUUCACUUGUGGCGGAGUUGCCUUCGACACGUCUACGGAUCAAGACAGUUGUCCUGGCCAGGAACGUCUACAACAUUCUCGGCAUCGCCGUCGGAACCCUCCAGCCUCACUUCAUGAAUCCGACGUCGUGGAAUUGGCAAGGCAAAACUGCUUUUUUCUUGGCCAGCACCUGUUUCUUGGGGUUGAUUUGGACUUACUUCCGGCUCCCCGAGCCCAAGGGACUCACAUACGCGGACCUUGACAUUCUCUUCGAGAACAAGGUCAGUGCCCGCAACUUCCGCAGAGUUCAUAUCGACCCCUACCGGUCGGGACACCUUGUAGUUGCAGAUACCGAGAAUGUUGAAGCCGGCCACGAGGAACUCCACCGGUAG